AUGGAUCCCAAUCCACCAAGGCGUGGGAGAGGUCGGGCUCGUGGGGGAAAUCCUCCUCCUCCUAAUCAAAUAGGACAACCACGAGGACCUCCUCCUAAUCAAAUGGGACAACCACGAGGACCUCCUCCUAACCAAUUAGGACAACCACGUGCACCUCGACCAGCACAGGCACCACCAAGGCGGCCACAACCUAGAAAUGUGCCAGGCCAAUCUGGUCCACAAAGUGUUGAACAAGUAACAAGUGGAUUAGAAAACUUGAAAACAGGAGAUGCACUAACUCCAAUUGGUCGAGGAGCAGUUCGUGGUCGCAAACCUAUAGAAAAUACGUACUAUAGGAUAGAGAGACCAGAAUCGUCAAAAUCUAGUGAUGGAAAAUUAGGUAAAGGUGGACAAGAAAUUCAGUUGACAUCCAAUUAUUUUCCGAUAACCACUUAUACAGAUUGGACUUUAUACCAGUAUCGAGUUGACUUUAACCCAGAACAAGAUAAAGUAAACAUUCAAAGAGGCCUAUUAGGUCCACACAAAGCACUUUUAGGACCACACAUAUUUGAUGGAACAAUGUUGUUCAGUAGCAAAAAAUAUAAACCAGACACUUUAGAGCUGACAUCAAAACGAAAUUUUGAUGAUGAAAUAGUAAUAAUCACUAUAAAAUUUACUCAAACCAUUGAGAAGGGUGAUCAUGCUUCCAUCCAAAUUUUUAAUUUAUUGAUACGUAAAGCCUUAAUGAACUUAGACCUGUCAAUGGUUGGAAGAAAUUAUUAUGACGAUAAAGCCAAGAUCAAUAUACCAAAACAUAGGCUUCAACUUUGGCCUGGUUAUGAGACUACUAUUUCAAUGUAUGAUAGUGGUUUAUUAUUACGGGCAGAAAUUUCAACAAAAGUCAUGAGGGAAGAGACUGUUUUAGAUUUUUUAAGAGAAUGUGCUGAUAAUAGAAACAGAGACCCUCAAUGGAUGGUGAAAUUUAAAAUGGGGGUGAUUGGUAGUACAGUGCUGACACGUUAUAAUAACCAAACUUACCGAAUCGAUGAUGUCGACGAUACUUCAAGUACCAAAUCAACAUUUAAGAAGAGAGAUGGAUCGAGCAUAUCUUACAUCGACUAUUAUAGAGAAAAACAUAAAAUAAACCUGAGCAAUCAUCAACAACCAAUGUUGGUAUCAAAGAAAAAAAAAUCAUUUCAAAUUGAAGGUGAAGAAUGUGAGCUAGUCUACUUAGUUCCUGAAUUGUGUACUUUGACUGGAUUAACUCAAAGGAUGAGAGAUAAUCGUAAUCUCAUGAAUGAUUUGGCGGUGUAUACUAGGGUAGGUCCCACUGAAAGAAUCAGCAAGUAUAACAAUUUUAUAAAUCGAGUUCUUACUACACCCAAGUCUGCAGAAACUCUAUCUCAAUGGAAUUUAACAUUGAGUAAUAAACUCGUUACAUUUAAUGGUCGUGUAUUAACACAAGAAACACUGCAAGGAAGUCAAAUCAAAUAUCCGGCUGGUAAUACAGCUGAUUGGACAAGUAGCUUACGUAAUACAGCUAUGUUCACUUGUGCUGAAAUAAAACAGUGGGUAGUACUAGGCCCACAAUCAAAUGGUGGCCAAGUAAGGCUAUUUAUCAAGUCACUUUUAACAGUUGCAAGUAAAAUGAAAUUCAAUUUACCUCCACCUGAAAUAGUUGAUUUAGAUAUUUCAAAUAUGAGACCGUAUUUAACUACUUUGGAUAGAGUAAUAAAUCAAAUGAAUCCGUCAUUUAUUUUAUGCGUCAUCAAUCGUAAUGACCACUACCAUGUCAUUAAAAGAUUACUUUGUGUCGAUCGAGCAGUGCCCUCUCAAGUAGUGUUGAUGAAACAAAUAGAAAAAAAUAAUAUGUCAGUAUGUACCAAAAUUGCCAUACAAAUCAAUUGUAAAUUAGGUGGAGCACCAUGGCGUGUUGUUAUCCCUGAAAAAAAAAUGAUGAUUGUUGGAUUCGAUGUCUGCCAUGACAAGCAAAAUAAAAAUAAAUCAUAUGGUGCAUUAGUAGCGACAAUGAAUGAUAGCCACACUGCUUACUUCAGCUGUGUCCAACCACAUGAGAGUGGUCAGGAAAUUUCAAGCUAUUUUGCAAUGAGUAUUGCUAAGGCUUUAAUUAAAUUUAGAUCCAUAAAUAAAGAACUCCCAAACAGCAUAAUUAUAUACAGAGAUGGUGUGGGAGAUGGACAGUUAUCAUCUGUCCAUCGAACUGAAGUUGAUAUGGUAAAGAAAACUUGUAAAGAUUUAUACGGGGAGAAGAAAAUUGGAAUUGCAUUUAUUAUAGUUAAAAAACGAAUCAGUACAAGAUUUUUUUGUCGCACUCCUCAAAAUUAUCAAAAUCCACCCCCUGGAACAGUGAUUGAUAAUACUGUCACUGACCCUACUAUGUACGAUUUUUACCUGGUAUCGCAGAAUGUAACACAGGGUACAGUUACCCCAACGCACUACAAUGUUAUUGUAGAUACUUUAAAUGAAACUACUACUACCUGUUUCACACCCGGAAUUCUGCAAAAAAUUACCUUUAAACUGACACACAUGUACUAUAAUUGGACGGGCACAGUGAGAGUUCCUGCCCUAUGUCAGCUGGCACACAAACUGGCAUUUUUGACCGGACAGUCACUACAAAGUGCUCCAAAUCCCGGUUUGGAGGAUUUACUCUACUUUUUAUAA